AUGGCGCUGGCGCUGGCCGUUGCGGCCGGCCUGCUGGCGCUGCCGCUGAGCGCCGCCAGCACAGCCCUGGGGACCUUCUUCCUGGCCGCCGUCUGCUCGCAACUGACACGGUUGCUACGGUUCGGGCCCCUCGAGGAAAUUCAGCGCCGCUGCCUCCUCCGCAAGGUGACGCGCCAGCUCGAGCCCACGGAGCGCCGCGCCCUGGCUCGGUUCAUCUUCCGCGAGCAGUGCCCUCUUCCAACGCGGCGGCACAGAACAAGGUCGCCCGACAGCGAUCAGCAGGAAACUGAGGAAUCCAGCGGCCUGCUGCGCGGAUUCGACUUGAAGCCGGAUGUGAAGCAGCCGGCGGCGCAAGCCAAGUCGGACUCGAGAACCAAGUGGGUGCCGCCCAACCGAACGCCGCCACCCCCUGAGCCCCGUCGCACGUCGCGCAUCAAGCUCCUGCUUCCACCGGAGAAGCCGACGGACGACGUGGCAUCGCAGCGGAUCGUCGCGCCGGGGGAGUCGUCGCCCGAUUGGAUCAAGCGCAAGCUCUACGACGAGCACGCCGAGUUCCUGGAGCCGAUUGUGUUUGGCAACCCUCAGCUCAUGGAGAUAUGCCUCUGGCACAGCUCGCGUUACACCAAGUUGGAGGGCUACCUGCUGUACAGCACGCUACUGGUGCAUUCUCUCGUCUCCAUGACGACGUUCAUCGGUAGCCCGGAGUACCACCUCAUGAUCGACUACGAUCGACGGGUGCCCCACACUCGCCGCCUCAGCGCGGCCCAGUGGCAGUGCGUGGUGCUCCCGGCAGUGGCCUCCUCGUCCGCCGUGUUCGGUUACUACGUCGCCAGGGUGCUGCUCGAAAACUAG